AUGCUACGAGGUUCAAGCGUGAACUAUUGUGUGUGCGUCCUGCGAGAGUUUGUGAUGAUUGUGGUGUUUGACUAUUUUUAUGAUGCUACAAGGUUCAAGUGUGUGAAUUAUUGUGUAUGCAUCCUGCAGGAGUUUGUGAUGAUUGUAGUGUUUGGCCUGGAGUACAUCAUCCGGAUAUGGAGUGCUGGCUGUUGUUGCCGCUAUCGAGGCUGGCAGGGACGUCUCCGCUUUGCCAGAAAACCGUUUUGUGUCAUAGACAUCAUCGUACUUAUCGCCUCAGUUGCUGUGGUUUCAGCUGGUAGCCAGGGUAACAUCUUUGCCACAUCUGCGCUGCGUAGCCUUCGCUUCCUUCAGAUCCUGCGCAUGGUGCGCAUGGACCGUAGGGGAGGGACCUGGAAACUGCUUGGAUCUGUAGUUUACGCACAUAGUAAGGAGCUGGUGACUGCCUGGUAUAUAGGGUUUCUGGUGUUGAUCUUCUCCUCCUUCUUGGUCUAUCUGGUGGAGAAAGAAUUCAACAAGGAGUUUGCCACCUACGCUGAUGCUCUGUGGUGGGGCACGAUCACCCUUACAACUAUUGGCUACGGUGACAAGACCCCACAGACGUGGACGGGGCGGUUAUUAUCAGCGUGUUUUGCUCUGCUGGGGAUCUCCUUCUUUGCCCUGCCAGCUGGCAUCCUAGGUUCAGGCUUUGCCCUGAAGGUGCAGGAGCAGCAUCGACAAAAGCACUUUGAAAAAAGGAGGAACCCAGCUGCCAGCCUCAUCCAGGCAGCUUGGCGUAUGUACUCCACCGACGGUGCUCGUCCCUACCUCAGAGCCACCUGGCACCACUACCAAAGCGCUCUCCCCCCCCUCAGGCAUGUAUCCCCUCCACCAGCACCACCACCAUCACUGCCCCACCUCCCUUCAACAUCCCCCAACCGCACCGCAUCAACACUCCCCCCAAAAACUAAUCAGUGUGUCUGGCGUAGUUAUGCUGCUGAUGAGAACUCGGUUUCCAUUGCUACCUGGAAGCCUCAUUUGAAGGCGUUGCAUACCUGCAGCCCCGCCAAGAAAGAGCAGGGCGAGGCUACUUACAGUAAGGGUCUAAGUAAUGGAAGGCUCUUCAGAAGGUAUUCUCGGAAAUAUAGGAGUCAGAAGUUGAGCUUUAAGGAACGGGUCCGCAUGGCGAGCCCUCGUGGUCAGAGUAUGAAGAGUCGGCAGACGUCCAUGAAUGACCGCCAACGCUGUUCCCCUGGCAACGAGAUGGUGGGCAGCACAGAACUGAUGGGCGGCAGCCCUGCCAAAGUGCAGAAGAGCUGGAGCUUCAAUGAUCGGACCCGGUUUAGGCCGUCUCUGAGGUUGAAGAGCCAGCCUCGUACAGCUGUCCCAGAUGUGGACACAGGCAUGACCACAGAGGAAUCCUUUGAUGAGCGAGGGUGCCACUGCGAUGUUACUGUGGAGGAUCUAUCAGCACCUCUCAAGGCUGUCAUCAGAGCUGUCAGGAUCAUGAAGUUCCACGUAGCAAAGAAGAAGUUUAAGGAGACGCUGCGUCCGUAUGAUGUGAAGGACGUGAUUGAGCAGUACUCUGCAGGUCACCUGGAUAUGCUCUGUCGCAUCAAGAGCCUUCAGACCAGGGUGGAUCAGAUCUUGGGAAAAGGCCAGAUUCCUGUGGAUAAAAAAAUGAGGGACAAACUGCACCCAGAUGGAGACUCCCUAGAGGGCAUGAGCAUGCUUGGACGUGUGUGUAAGGUGGAGAGGCAGGUAACUUCCAUUGAAUCAAAGCUGGACUCUUUGCUGGAUAUUUACCGCCAAGUCCUACAGAAAGGCCCCUCAGCACUCACCCUCUCCUCCCUCCCCCUGUUUGAACUGGAGAACCAGCAUCAUAACUCGGACUACCCGACCUCAAUCAUUGGCAGGGAUCUUCCCUCCCAUCAGGGAGGUGAGCCUGUUGGAAGCGGAGGACACAACAGUGGCGGCAUGCGUCGUUCUCUCAAUCCCAACCCGAGAGGCUUGCGGCUCAUACUGGCACCAGCUGAUGAUGAUGCUCCUCCGGACUCAGCCCCUCCAUCCUAUCCACCAUCCACAGCCUCGCUCUCCCCAUCACCUCUGCUGCCCCCUGAUAGCCCUUAUCCAACUUUGGUCACCACCAAUGGUACCCCGAAAAAAGCACACUUCCCUGAUCUGCCGCCCCCACCUUCCUCCACGGGGAAUUUCACUCUUCAACUCCCCCCUAUGGUACACCCCUCUCACCUCCGAUGCCCUGCUGACCCGAUCUCAGAUGAUCUGACAGAUGGAGUGGCAGUGGACGAGGAAAGCUCUGGCCCCUCUGUUGUUGUAGGAUGCGGUGUGGAUUCUGACCAAGAAGGUGACAACGAGGCAGCCUUUGGCCAGGGAACGGUUCAGCUGCGGGAGAAGCCUGGCUUGAAAUCUGAGGGGGUCUGGAGGAGGCACAUGAGCCUUGAGGUGAAGCCCUUGCUGCUUCUCUCUUCGAGCCCAGAUGGGAGGGCUUCAGACUGGGAAGGUGGUCUUGGGAAGUCGAUCUCUGUGCAGAACCUCAGUCAACCUUUGACCAACCGUGCCCCUGGUCUCUCCUCUGCACUCAACAACAGCAGCAGCAGCAAUGGUAGCGAACGCAGCACUGCCCAUGAUGAGCUCAACAACUGGGAUGAUACAGAACUCUUUAUUAGAGAGUGCAAAUUACAAACAUCAGAGGAACAUUUCGACUUCCUGUCACAGGGACCUGGAAGCAGCACCUCAGACCUUUUAAAGACUGUGGAGGAGGCUGCACCUCACCCAAAAGGAAAGUCAGAGUUUCUCAGUCAGUCCUCACACAUACAGCUGGCAUAACCACACUUACUGACAGACACACAUUUCCAUACUGUAUGUAAACACCACUGUGGGUGAAGCCACUUUUUAAAAUAUUUUUACAGGGCAGUAAACAGAUUAUGUUGCAAGUUUUGCAAAUAAAUCCUUUCUAUAUGAACAAUGUUUUGAUAUUUUGUCUAACACUUUUAUUCCCAGUUGCAUACACACUUUUCAUAGGGUACUAAAAUUACUACAGCCUAUACAGUAAAUGAAUGUACACGUAUGUAUGCAAGUGGCCAUACUCAUGUAAGACAAAAUAUACAAUCAAUACACAAAAAUGAAAAUAACCUUACUGGAAAAACA